GAAAAAAAAAAUUGUCACAAGUAUCAGUGGCUUCCUCUGCACUCUGAGACCCUGGAUAUAAACAGUGUGAAGAGGAGGGAGAGGGAGGAUUGUGGGUGUUGGGCAGUGCAUUCCACUUCUCUUCUGCCCGGCGAUGAUGUUUGCAACACAAAUGAUGAAGACACAAAUCUUGCUCCUUCACCUCUUCUUUCUCUGUUCCCAUGCUCUUACUGGUGCAGGUCAAGAAUCUGUUCAACUUUUAAACCUUUAUGAGGCAAACCCGGAGGUCUUCCAAGCAUCCUCUCACUCUGCUCUUCCAAUAGCAGUUUCUGUGGGUGCUGAAAACCUCAAUGAGGUCUCAAGCAGUGUUUUAAUGGCUGAAACGUGGCUCAGGACCCAUGUUUUAUCUCACUACCCGGCCGCCAAAAUCACCACCAUUGUUGCGGGUAACACUGUGCUUUGCAACAGAGGCCAAGAGCACAAGUUGGAAUUGGUCCUCCCAUCUCUCAAGAACAUUUAUCACUCUCUGACAAGGUGGGGUUUGGAGAAAGAAAUCAAAGUCUCUGCUGCUUUCUCUUCCAACUGCUUGCACCCAUACUCUGCUUUUUACAGAGAUGAUUUGGCUGAGAAAGUCAUUAAACCUCUGCUAGAGUUUCUGCAGAAUACCAACUCAACUUACUCAGUGAACCCACCUCCAAAUUUCUCUCCAUUGUCAGAUGAAAGUGUUGGCUUAGUGUCUUCUCACUCAGAGUCAAUCGUAAAGCUUGGAUUUUUUGAGCUAAAAAAUAUUAAUGUGUUGGCCUUCAGUCCAAAAGAGGAAAAAUCCAUGAGCAGGAAGCUCUCGUUCGUUGCCUACUCUGUCCCUGCCAAUAUUGCCAAAAAUCCGCACCCCCCACUUUCCCAAAUAGCUUCUCCGCCAUCAUUGACAAUCCCUUUUGCUCCAGAGAUGCCUCCAGUUAUGGAUCCAGCGAAUCCACCUUUCGGUUUCACGUUGCCUCCCUGUAAUCCAUCUUCUCCCAGCGCUCCGGCACCAGAAACAGGAGUGAUCCAGAAGCUUUGGUGUGUGGCUAAGCCUAGUGUUCCUGCAGAGACACUGCAAGAGGCAAUGGACUAUGCCUGUGGUGCAGGUGGUGCUGCUUGUGACGAGAUUCAGCCACAUGGCAACUGUUACAAUCCUGAUACUAUUGUUGCACAUGCUUCUUACGCCUUCAAUAGUUACUGGCAGAAGCACAAGAGGAGCGGAGGAACUUGUAGCUUUGGAGAGACUGCCAUGCUAAUCAACGCUGACCCAAGUUUUCUUCACUGUCGGUUUGUUCUCAACUAGAUGCAGUAAUGGAAGCCUCAAGGGAGAUUGUUAGGGUUGUUUUGUUACCGUUAACAUGGGAAUUAUGGUUCCAAGGUGACUUUGUUGUUUUGUUCCCUUUAUCCUAGUGAUAAGUAUAGUUUAGAUUGGGUCUAUGCACAAAAAGAAAGCCUCUUUUGACUUCUAUCCUAGAAAUAUUUAUACUGCUUAUGCUCUA